AGCCAUUGGCUGUUGGUGCGGAGCAGUGAGACAGGCAGGCCGGCGGCUAACCGUGAACACACACAGAAGGAAUGUUUUUAUCGGCGGAGCCGCGGCCGCUACGCGCUUUGUGGAUUCAACUUCACACCUACACGCACAGAACUUAGGAGAGAUCGUUCCAAGUGACUCCCUGGAGGUGCCAAACGAAGCCGCCAUGUCGGUGACCGUUCAUGAGAACCGCAAAUCCCGCACCAGCACGGGCUCCAUGAACAUCUCGCUAUUCCACAAGCCUUCCCAUCCCGACAGCGUCCUGACCCACCUGAACACGUUGAGGAAACAGUGCAUGUUCACCGAUGUCACGCUGUGGGCCGGGGACCGCUCUUUCCCAUGCCACAGGGCUGUCUUGGCGGCGUGCAGUCGUUAUUUUGAGGCCAUGUUCAGCGGCGGGCUUCGAGAAAGUCUGGACAGUGACGUCAACUUCAGAGACAGCAUACACCCCGAGGUCUUGGAGCUCCUGCUGGACUUUGCCUAUUCUUCUCGAGUCAUCAUAAAUGAGGAGAACGCUGAGUCAUUGCUAGAGGCGGGCGACAUGUUGCAGUUUCAUGACAUUCGGGACGCAGCAGCAGAGUUCUUAGAAAAGAACCUGCACUCCUCCAACUGCCUGGGGAUGAUGCUGUUAUCAGACGCUCACCAGUGUAAAAGGCUGUACGAGCUGUCGUGGAGGAUGUGUCUGCUACACUAUGACACGGUAAGAGAGUCUGAGGAUUUCUACAGUCUGUCUAAAGAUAAACUGCUGGAGCUGAUUCUCAGCGAUGAGCUGGAAAUAGAAGAUGAACAGGUUGUGUUCACCUCCGUGAUGCGGUGGGUCCGAUACGACUUGGAGGCUCGGCGUCAGCACUUGGCGGAGCUGCUGCGGGGCAUCCGGCUGGCUCUGCUGCCGUCCGACUGUCUGCUGGAGGCCGUGGCCUGCGAAGAGCUGCUCAUGGCCGACAAGAGGAGCAGGUCAAUAGUUGAAGAGGCAAUGCAGUGUAAGAAGAAGAUCCUUCAGAAUGACGGAGUAGUGACUAGUCCCUGUGCCCGGCCGCGUAAGGCAGGGCACACGCUGCUUAUACUGGGGGGCCAGACCUUCAUGUGUGACAAGAUAUACCAGGUUGACCAUAAAGCCAAGGAGAUCAUACCUAAGGCCGAGCUGCCCAGCCCCAGGAAGGAGUUCAGUGCAUGUGCCAUUGGAUGUAAGGUUUACGUGACAGGAGGAAGAGGAUCGGAGAACGGAGUCUCUAAAGACGUCUGGAUCUACGACACUGUCCAUGAAGAGUGGUAUAAAGGAGCCCCGAUGCUAAUAGCCAGGUUUGGCCAUGGUUCAGCUGAGUUGGAGAACAAUCUCUACGUUGUUGGAGGUCACACAGCCAUAGCGGGAGUUUUUCCUGCCUCUCCAUCUGUCUCCCUAAAACAGGUGGAGCGGUAUGACCCUCUCAGUAAUAAAUGGACUAUGAUGGCUCCUCUGAAAGACGGAGUCAGUAAUGCAGCCGUGGUCAGUGCCAAACUCAAACUCUUUGUUUUUGGAGGGACCACCAUCCAUAGAGACAAGGCCUCCAAGGUCCAGUGCUAUGACCCUGUGGGUAACCGCUGGGAUAUUGCGGCUGAAUGCCCCCAGCCUUGGCGAUACACAGCGGCUGCGGUCUUGGGGAGCCAGAUCUUCAUCAUGGGCGGUGACACUGAAUUCACCGCUGCCUCCGCUUAUCGGUUUGACUGUGAAACCAAUCAGUGGUCGCGGGUAGGCGACAUGACGUCCAAACGGAUGAGCUGCCACGCCGUGGCCUCAGGAAAUAAGCUGUACGUGGUGGGGGGUUAUUUUGGGACGCAGCGUUGUAAAACAUUGGACUGUUACGACCCUACGUCAGACAGUUGGAACUCCAUCACCACGGUGCCUUAUUCACUGAUCCCCACCGCCUUCGUCAGCACAUGGAAACACCUUCCUGCGUAACUGGGAGACCCCGGGAGCCAGCCAUUCCAGGUGUUGACUGAGGAGGACUCAGCCUGGAGGAGAAGCUGAGACUGGAUGGAGCUCCACACAGGACCAGUCCUUCCACAACGCGCUGCACCUCACAGACUCAGUCAGUCCUGAGCCAACCGCACAGCAGCCGGGUCUUAACACACACAGAGAAUCCCUCUCCGUACCGAGCUUCCUGAAUGAACAGACACUUUGAUCAACCUGACCGAUGGACGUGUGGAGCACUCCUACAAACCUAUGAGGGUUCAUUGUGUGUGUGUGUGUGUGUGUGUGUGUGUGUGUGUGUGUGUGUGUGUGUGUGUGUGUGUGUGUG